AUGUACGCUACCCGAGUCGCAAAACCCAAGCUCUCCCUCAAAAUCACCACGCCCACCUCCGGCCUCUCAUCGCUCUCGCUCCCAUCUCCCGCAGCCAUGGCCAUGCCAAGAACACCGCACUCUCCCUCUCCCCAAAGCCCGACUGCGCUCAACACAGCACGCAACAGGAGAAUCAGCCAAGGACACCUUUCUCCGUUGCCCCAGCAGCAGAAUUUCACAUACUCCAAUUCUAGCACGGCAAAGAGCAUCCUGAAAAAGAGCAAAGCAGCCAGCAACGAAACGAGGAAAAUUCAGUUCAACGGAGAGCCGACAGUGCAUUGUAUAACGCCGAUUGAAAACCCCGAUGAAUAUUACGGAUCGUCUGCGAGGAUGAGUCGGGAGGAGAAGCGAUGGUCAAGACUCUCGUGA